GGGGUAUAUAAAGUGAAACACAUCGCAGCAAUGGGGUUAGGGCGCAAUAGAAAAUACAAGCCGUAGAAGAGGGCUCGCUCUUUGUGUUCGGAAAGGAAACUCUAUCCUUUGCAAUCGCUAUGGAUCGGUACCAGAAGGUGGAGAAACCAAGAGCCGAAACUCCAAUCGAUGAAAACGAGAUCCGGAUUACUAGUCAGGGAAGGAUGCGCAACUACAUUACUUACGCCAUGAGCUUGCUUCAGGAAAAAGGUUCUAAUGAAAUUGUUUUCAAAGCAAUGGGGAGAGCUAUCAACAAAACCGUAACAAUUGUGGAGUUGAUCAAGAGGAGAAUAGUGGGUCUCCACCAGAUUACAGCUAUUGGAUCCACUGACAUCACUGAUACUUGGGAGCCACUAGAGGAAGGCCUCCUUCCUUUGGAAACAACAAGGCAUGUGUCAAUGAUAACAAUAACCCUUUCCAAGAAGGAACUUGAUACAUCAUCUGUGGGGUAUCAACCACCAUUACCAGCUGAUCAGGUGAAGGCUUCUGCAGAUUUUGAUUAUGAAGGAGAGGGUUCACCCAAUGGCCGUGUUCGGGGCCGUGGCGGCCGAGGCAGGGGAAGGGCCAGAGGGAAUGGUUUUAUUUCAGCUGAUUAUGAGGAUGGAGGUUGGGAUCGUAGUAGGGGAAGUGUUAGGGGCAGGGGUAGAGGAAGAGGACGUGGCUUUCGAGGUCGUGGAAGGGGUGGGUAUAAUGGGCCCCAUGUUGAUAUGCAGCAAGAUGGAGGAUACAACCAAGAUAUACCUCAAGGCCGUGGUCGUGGCCGUGGCAGGGGUGGAUAUCGUGGAAGGGGUCGUGGCUUUAGAUCCAAUGGACCGAUCCAGGCAGCCGCCUGAGGCAACCGGUGGGCCACCUGUAGUGCAGUGCACAUGACUAGUGAAAGAAUGCCAUGUCUAAUUUUAUGUUUUCUUGUUAGCUUUAUUUGUUCAAUUUUCUUCAUUUCCCCCUUCUUUUUUCCCUGGGGCCCUGAAGAACUGUAGGGCAUUUUCUUACAGUUUAUGUAGACGUAGUUUGAGACUGCUGCCGCCUAAGGCACCAUUUAUGUUUUAGACCUUGGUCAGAUGCUUGAACAGUUGUACUUCUGUUUUGGCCCUGAAUCUCAUUCUUUAAUUUUUAUUUUCUAGAGUUGUGUUUAAGUCGAUGCCUUUUCUCUUUCCUUCUCUGUGAUCAUCUUUUGUUUUUGUUUCUACGUAAUGAAAAAAAAGACCAUGCUCCAGGCGAAUGCGUGGUAAU